AUGUCAGAGGGAUGUGUAGAUUCAGCUCGAACGAAACUAGAAGCAAGUAAAGACAAAGAUGCAGUUUCAAAAGAAAAAAAAGAAGCAGAAGGCAUAAAUGCAGUGGCAGAGCCAGGCUCAAAGCAAAGGGGGUAUCCCGUGCUACCCCGACAUAUCUGUUGGAUCCGCCUCUGCAUAGAUGUGGUUUUAGAAGAAAAGCAAACUGAAGACAAGGAUGAGGUUCCAACAAAACUAGUAACAAAAGAAACAAAAACUCAAGACGACGCGGUUCUAAUCGAGAAAAAUGGAAACGGCCAAGAUAGAAUUCCAACAGAAACAAAUAUAAAAGGUGAAGGAACAGAAACCAAAGGAAAUCAACAAUAUGGUAACAUGCCACUUCAUAUAGCUUUCGGAAUAGCAAAGUUCUUGAUUAAAAGAAACAGAGAGUUGUUGGUAACAAAAGACCUUAAAGGCGAAGCACCUUUGCAUAAAGCUUUUGACAAUAUGCAUCUCGAUACCGUUGAAUGUUUGUUAAAAGCCGCCAAGGGGAAUGAGAAACCGGAGAAAAAUACUUCUUUGGAUGAUUCUGUUAACCCUGGAGUAAAAAUUGUCGUCGAACUUCUUGUUAAUGUUGUUUCUUCAAAGCAGUAUGCAAUAAAGUUGGUCAAAGAUUAUCCUGAAUUUGUUGUUAAGUAUGAUAAUGUACUGAUGGCAAUAGCUAGAACCUUUCCCAGCGGGCUAGACUUUGGAGAAACACUUAUAUAUCCAGUUCCACUGUUCAUGCUUAUAUGGAUCUGUCGAUUGAUGCGCCUCGUCAUAUUGAUUGUUUAUUUCCCAUUCCUUAUGAUUUAUUUCAGCUUGUGGAAGGUUGCAGCAAUAUUCGUUGCACUGAUUAAGCAUAUCGAGAAGAAAAAGAAGGAACGGGAAAGAGAAAAAGAGGUUCUAAAAUUGGUAUGUGAAGCAAUAGACAAGUCCAAGAUUGCUAAUGCUCAUUCUCACUAUUACACCGGAUCCAUUCUUGAGGCUGCUCGUAAAAAUGAUUAUGAGGUUGCUGAUGCGAUUCUAUUGAGAUCCCCUGAAGCAAUUCGGUAUAAAGAUGAACAAGGAUUAGCUCCUUCCCAGAAGCUCAAACGCAGUAUAGGUGCAGCAUUUCAACUACAAAGAGAGCUUCAAUGGCGAAAGGAAGUCAAGAAACUCAUAUUUCCAGCAUACAUUACCAAAGAGAACAUUUUUAAGGAGACACCAGAUAUGGUGUUCACACGGGAACACGAGAAUUUGGUGAAGGAAGGAGAGAAGUGGAUGAAAGUUGUAGCAGAAUCAUGCAGCAUCACCGCAGGUCUAAUUACUACAGUAGUGUUUGCAGCAGCCAUUACAGUGCCAGGUGGAAUCAAGCAAGAAUCAGGCAUCCCUUUGUUUAUAGACAACAUUGCCUUCACCAUCUUUGCUAUAUCAGAUGCAAUGUCACUAUUUGCAUCCAGUACAGCAUUACUAAUGUUUUUGUCGAUCCUCACUGGACGUUUUUCUGAGAAAGAUUUCCUACACCGUUUGCCAAGACGAAUGAUUAUUGGUCUUGUCACCUUGCUCCUAUCUACAACUGCAAUGAUGGUGGCUUUCGGCACAACAUUGUACCUUGUCUUUUGUUAUAAAAGACCAUGGAUGGUUGCUCCAAUUUGUGUAUUAGCUUUCCUCCCAAUUGCAGCAUUUAGUACUCUUCAGAUCCCCAUCAUAGUUGAUCUAUUUCAGUCGACAUAUGCAUGCAUCUUUGGCAAGCCAAGCAACAAUAGCAGCAUAGGAUUUAAUCUGAAUGAUAUCCGAUUGUAUUUUGGCAAGUGA